UCGGUAGGUCUGGCUAAGUACGGCAAUGGCCGGCUGUGAUUCGGGUAACCAUUCCCCCACACGCCAACCUUGAGUGAGAUCCAAGACUUUUUGUUUGUUGUUGUAAUGAUUUAUUUCUUAUAUCUUGUUCAGCUUCUUAUUUAAUCUUAUAAGCCUUGUUCCAAGUCAGACGUUGGUUGUGAUCUUGUCAGGUAAACUUGAACUAUCCAUUGUCUUAUACUUAGCUACCAUGAGACCUUCAACGCGGCUUGGAAGCUUGAUGCUUCGUCGCGGUUUCGCCAGUUCGGCACGACGACUAGACAACUACGGCUUCAUCGGUCUAGGACAAAUGGUACGCAUCCCCUUUCAAAGAAUGGUUGUCAAAUACUUACACAGAGAAUAGGGUUAUCAAAUGGCAAAGAACCUCCAGUCAAAGUUGAAACCGUCAGACAAGGUGUCCAUCUUUGAUAUCAACCCUGAAUCUAUGAAGGGCCUAGAAACAGAGAUGAAGGCUGCUUCGACGGGGGCUCAAGUUGAAUUGGCAGCCAGCGCAUUCGAUGCCUCCAAAGAUGCUGACACAAUCAUCACUGUACUCCCAGAGCCUCAGCACGUCAAAGGUGUAUACGAAUCCGUCAUCACAUCAUCUCUUCCCAAAAAGGACCGUGUGUUUAUCGAUUGUUCAACCAUUGACCCUUCAACAUCCCGCCAGGUCGCCAAGACUGUGUCUUCUGCUGGGCAAGGCACAUUCGUUGAUGCGCCCAUGUCUGGAGGUGUUGUAGGCGCCACUGCCGGAACAUUGACCUUUAUGCUCGGUGCUUCACCUGAUCUCAUUCCUCGUCUCGAGCCUGUCCUUCUCCUCAUGGGAAAGAAAGUGCUUCAUUGUGGUGACCAAGGCGCAGGUCUAUCCGCCAAGUUGGCCAACAACUACCUCCUGGCUCUGAACAACAUCGCUACAGCAGAAGCCAUGAACCUGGGCAUGCAAUGGGGUCUGGAUCCUAAGAAACUGGCUGGUGUUAUCAAUGUCAGCACAGGACGAUGCUGGCCCAGUGAGGUCAACAACCCCGUUGCCGGUGUUGUUGAGACAGCGCCAGCCAACAGAGAUUACAGAGGAGGAUUCGGUAUAUCUCUGAUGAAGAAGGAUCUGAGACUGGCUAUGGUCGCUGCUGAGGAGGCUGGUGCGAGAAUGGAGUUGGCAAAGACGGCGUUUGCAGUUUAUGAAGCUGCUGAAAAGGAGGAGAAGUGCAAGGGACGGGACUUUUCUGUUGUGUACCGAUAUUUGGGCGGUAAGGAGGAGCAGUCAUAAAACAGUGAGCUUAGAAGAAAGGGGUGAUGACGCAUGGCUCGUAUAAGUUAGGUUGGUGUUGUCAACUCAUCCGUGCUCUUGAAUAAAAGAAUAGACCAAGAAAGAAUAAUAAAUCCAUGACAUGUGAUAGUCGCUAAAAGGCAGUGUUACAAUGGAGAUGAAGCUUGUAAGGUAUCAUCAGAUCUAGC